AUGUACCGAUCCAUUCUAUUGUUCACUUUAUUCGCAGCCUUGGUUCUUGCAAAUGUCGCAGAACCUGAGAAAGACGACCAGGUCGCUGUGAAGAUCCCUACCAAACGGUCAGUCUCCGAACCACCCAAGGAUGACGACGUCGCCGUGAAGAUUCCGAUGCGUAAGAAGCGAGGAAUCGCGAUUCAUCCCUGGCAGUGGGAGUCACAUCUGUGGCCCAACGCCGAAGUGCCCUAUGACAUCGCCUCCCACUACACCGCUUCCGAACGUUCUGUGAUCCUCUCCGCUAUGGAGGCCUUCAAAGAUGUCACCUGCAUCCGUUUCCGUCCCCGCCGCUCCACCGAUCGCAACUACCUUCAGAUCAACAAGUACUACAAGCUGGAACGCUGCUUCUCCUACAUCGGCCGUCAAACCUCCCGUUGGUUAUUCGGCACCCCGGCAGGAAAUGUGGAGACCCGAAUGAAACUCGACCCAUCCUGUCUGCUAUACAACGGUCGUGGUACUGUAAUGCAUGAGCUCAUGCACAUCCUCGGAUUCUACCACGAACAUCAGAGAGACGAUCGUGACCGUCGGAUCGGCGGCUCGGCGUUCCACUACAACUUCAAAAUCUAUCAACGCGCCAAGUCGUACUACAUGGGCGGUUAUGAUGCCAACUCGAUCAUGCACUACAACUUCCAGAAUGUUCCGUGGCAGAAGAGGGAUAACUUCUCGGCGUCGGAUAUCCGGAAUAUCAAUACACUGUAUAAAUGCAACAAUCGGGUGGUUAGUCGGUUGGCGCCGACUAGCACGAUCAGCACGACUACGACUACGAAAGCGCCUCGCUUCGAUGUAUACGAAAAGAAGGCGAUCGAGUCGAACAGCCUGUUCCGCAGACGACGUUCCUAG